AUGGCGUUUCUUCAGAUGCAAGGAACAGCGAAGCUACAAAAAGUGACACAGCUUCUAAAGUCUCUUGAGAAAGAUCUACAAGAGAACAACCUCUCAACAGCAGACCGAAUUGAAACCCUUCUCCAGCUUCGACAAUAUGGCACAAACCCUACCGACGCAGAACCGAUCUAUUCACAGAAUGGCGUUAAUAUCCUGGUGCGGUAUGGCGUUGAGGGGGAGACCUCUGACGUACGUCGAGCGGCGUUGCGAUGUGUUGCAAAUGCGCUAUUACUUGACCCCAUAAUGCGCCAGGCUUUUGUGGACACGGGAUAUGGUGGGAAACUAGCAGAAAGGCUUAAAACCGAAGACUCGGAAGACGAGAUGAUUACAAGUCGGAUAUUGUUCUACGCGACGUAUAACACCACACUGGACUUUAAAGAUUUGAUAAAGAGCCAUGCAUUGGGGGAGAACGUCAACUAUCAUUUGAGCCGUCAUGCGAAACAGUUCUCCAACUCAGGCAGAAAAAAUAUGUCACAGAUGGAUGAACUGGCAUUGUCAGACACCCUCAAGUUGAUAUACAACAUCUCUAAGAUGUUUCCAGAUCUUGCUACCGAGUUCUCUCCCUCUAUUCCUAAUAUUCUGAAGAUUUUAUGUCGCAUUGAUAUCCCGGCAAGGCCAUUAGAUGGUUUAGUUAACGGAUUGCUCAAUGCAUUGUCUAUCCUUGACUUGGAGGAGAAGAGAGGCAAAAUUUUCGAGAGCAGCCCCCUUUUUCCGAUGUUCGACCCAAACUGCAAUGUGGAUAAGUUGAUCAGCAUCUUGGAUCAGGCGGUAUCUACAUAUAGCCCAAAUGAGCUAGACGCAACCGCAAUCCCGUUGCUGUAUUCACUUAUCUCUUUCCACGAAGUUGCACCCAAUGGACCCCGCAAUCAUAUGCAGUCGCUUCUUCUGCCUGAGGAUACUGAUCGAAGCUUGCCAAUUGGACAGUCUGAAACACUUCCUUCAAGACUUCUGAAGCUCUCGACAACCCACUUUUCUAAUCUAAAGGUUACAAUUUCCGAGCUGAUGUUUGUCCUAUCAGACAAGGAUGCCGAGAAACUUACCAAGAACAUUGGCUACGGCUUCGCUGCUGGGUUCCUGGCAGCGCGCGGUAUUGAGAUGCCACGGAGUGCAAGUGAAGCUUAUUCAGACAAAGACGACCCGGCAGCUGCACGGAAUCCAAUCACUGGACAAAGGUGGGCUGCCGAGCCGCAGGACUCCGGUCCGCCUAUGACCAUGGAGGAGAAGGAGCGCGAGGCAGAAAGACUCUUUGUAUUGUUUGAGAGGGCAAAGGCAAAUGGGCUCAUAAAUGUCGAGAACCCCGUGACUCAAGCUCUUCACGAGGGAAGAUUUGAAGAAUUGUCGGAUGAUGCUGAAAGUGACUGA